AUGAGUGAUGCCUCCAUCGAACAAGCGUGUGAUUCGUGCCGAAAGAGAAAGUUAAAGUGUUCCAAAGAGUAUCCCAGAUGCCUGAAAUGCCUCACCCAUAGUUGGGACUGCUGUUAUAGUCCCCGGAUGGUUCGGUCUCCACUCACAAGAAACCAUCUUACAAAAGUUGAAAACCGGGUCCAAAAGUUGGAG